AUGUCUGGCCCUUCAACCCUCUUGAUGUCUGGUCCUCUUACCGUGCUGAUGUCUGAUUAUCCUACCCUCCUGAUGUCUGGUCUUCCUCCCCUCCUGAUGUCUGGUCCUCCUAUCCUCCUGAUGUCUGGUCCUCCUAUCCUCCUGAUGUCUGGUCUUCCUACCCUCCUGAUGUCUGGUCCUCCUACCCUCCUGAUGUCUGGUCCUCCUACCCUCCUGAUGUCUGGUCCUCCUAUCCUCCUGAUGUCUGGUCCUCCUAUCCUCCUGAUGUCUGGUCCUCCUAUCCUCCUGAUGUCUGGUCUUCCUACCCUCCUGAUGUCUGGUCUUCCUACCCUCCUGAUGUCUGGUCCUCCUACCCUCCUGAUGUCUGGUCCUCCUACCCUCCUGAUGUCUGGUCUUCCUCCCCUCCUGAUGUCUGGUCCUCCUAUCCUCCUGAUGUCUGGUCCUCCUAUCCUCCUGAUGUCUGGUCUUCCUACCCUCCUGAUGUCUGGUCUCUCCUACCCUCCUGAUGUCUGGUCCUCCUACCCUCCUGAUGUCUGGUCCUCCUAUCCUCCUGAUGUCUGGUCCUCCUAUCCUCCUGAUGUCUGGUCCUCCUAUCCUCCUGAUGUCUGGUCUUCCUACCCUCCUGAUGUCUGGUCUUCCUACCCUCCUGAUGUCUGGUCCUCCUACCCUCCUGAUGUCUGGUCCUCCUACCCUCCUGAUGUCUGGUCCUCCUACCCUCCUGAUGUCUGGUCCUCCUACCCUCCUGAUGGCUGGUCCUCCUACCCUCCUGAUGGCUGGUCCUCCUACCCUCCUGAUGGCUGGUCCUCCUACCCUCCUGAUGGCUGGUCCUCCUACCCUCCUGAUGGCUGGUCCUCCUACCCUCCUGAUGGCUGGUCCUCCUAUCCUCCUGAUGUCUGGUCCUCCUAUCCUCCUGAUGUCUGGUCCUCCUAUCCUCCUGAUGUCUGGUCCUCCUAUCCUCCUGAUGUCUGGUCUUCCUACCCUCCUGAUGUCUGGUCUUCCUACCCUCCUGAUGUCUGGUCUUCCUACCCUCCUGAUGUCUGGUCUUCCUACCCUCCUGAUGUCUGGUCCUCCUACCCCCGCGAUGUCUGGUCCUCCUACCCCCGCGAUGUCUGGUCCUCCUACCCCCGCGAUGUCUGGUCCUCCUACCCCCGCGAUGUCUGGUCCUCCUACCCUCCUGAUGUCUGGUCCUCCUACCCUCCUGAUGUCUGGUCCUCCUACCCUCCUGAUGUCUGGUCCUCCUACCCUCCUGAUGUCUGGUCCUCCUACCCUCCUACCCUCAUCUCGUGCUUCAGCUUUAUGAGGGUUUAUUAUGCAAAGACCUUUAUGCCUCCACAAUCACAUUCCCUGGGGCAUGACUUUCCAAAUGCCAAGUCCUAUAAAAAUACACUCUACUGCUGA